GUUACAUGAAAUCAAGAAAUGGUAGCACUGACCCCCCCCCCCCCCAACAACCAGCAACAAGCUGACAAGAGAAUAAUAGGAUUUGAUUGUGAGUUUGUAGUUUGAAAGAAUCGAUGUACAGUUUGAAAGUUCACUGUAGCCAUCAGAAAGACGGGUGUGAGUGGACGGGGGAACUGAGACAGCUUGAUGAGCACCUCAACACAGAUCCAGAGCCAGAGAAACAACUCGAUGGAUGUCAGUUUGUCGAGAUCGAUUGCAUCUAUAAUUGCGGGAACCAUCAGCAACAAAGGUACAUUCAAAAACAUCAAAUUAAGGAUUGCCCCAAACGUCCAUUCGGUUGUGAGCAUUGCCAUGAUUACAAGUCCACUUUUGAUGAUGUCACCAACAACCAUUGGCCUGUGUGUGGGUCCUUCCAUGUCCCCUGCCCUAACCAGUGUGGUUCAACUAUCCAAUGUCAGAAUAUAAACAGCCAUGUUGCCGAUGAGUGCCCCCUAGGCCUGACCACCAUCAACUGUGACUUUCACAACGUGGGCUGUGCUGUAAAACUCCCUCGACAAAACAUGCCAGAACACCUGAGAGAAAACCUACUCACACACAUCUCUCUAUUAGCCACCAGCCAUGCCAAGCAACAAGACAAAAUAAUCAGACUGGAAGCUGAGAACAAUACUUUUAAGAGCAAACAAGAACACUUAGAACAGAAUUACCAAUCUCUGAAAGCUGAAAAUAGAAUACAUAAAACUGAAUUGGAACCAGUGCAACAACUACUCAAGACUGCACCUCCCAUUGUGAACUCUAGACCUCUUGGUCCACUGGAGCCCCCUGUCCUUACAAUGACCACCUUUCAACAGCGCAGGAGAGAUUACGAUCAAUGGUACUCCCCUCCAGUCUACACCCACUAUCAGGGCUACAAGAUCUGUCUCAGAGUGGACGCUAACGGCUCAAACUUUGGUAAAGGAACACACGUCUCUGUGUACGUGUUCUUCAUGAGAGGAGAGUUUGACGAUUCUCUGAAAUGGCCGUUUCGUGGUGCGAUUUCAGUGCAACUACUGGACCAGGUGAACGGCAAGGAUCAUGAAACAUACACAACACCUAAUGGGAGCUGUGCCAGAAUGACAGAGGGAGAGAGAUCAACAGGGGCAUGGGAAUAUUCAAGGUUCAUUGCUCACACUAAACUGGAGCCCAAGUAUUUACGAAACGAUACCCUUCUCUUCCAAAUAAACAAAGUAGAACUGAAUUGACGGGGACAGCACAAGACUGGACCAGAUGAAUCAGACACUCGUGAUUGCCCUACAGCAAUGCAUGAACACAUGUAACACUCAAGCACAUCAAGACUGGUUACCUUGGUGAUGGUCUGUAGCAACCAGAGGAAGUCAUUAAUACGGUGUUGAUAAAACGUAAGGUCCAGUCCUGCGCUUGGGCAUCAGAUAUGGCCAAACGAGAGCAGCUUCAUCACCAGCAAACACAUUGUUCCUUGGUUUCACACAGCCUUCAAGUUCCUAUAAUUAUAUACAAGUGAAUUCACAUGAAGAGCGAUGUAGUCAGCAAGGCUUUCUCAUCGUGUCAACAACGAAAGUGUGUAUACAAUUAUGUCAACAAUGAAAAGAACACAUUAAACGACUUUGUUACCUAAUAUGGGAUUAAAGCUGUAG